AUGAUAUUCAAUCGCAUAGUUAUUCAAAAUUGUCUUAAUGUUUCACAGAGAUGUGUAUACAGCGUGAGAUAAAGUAACAGUUAUGAUACUUGUCAGCUAAUCUUUUAAUUCGAUUUAAAGCGGAUUUAAACGAGAGAAAAAAAACCCGCUUGGAUUAAAUUUGAUUUAAAACUAAGAUCUAGUUUGAAUGACGUGCAUAAACGUUACACACUCGUGUCAGAAUCAUGCCGUUAAGAACUUUACUUGGCUACGAACCGAGAGAUGUUAGGUCACGGGAAAACUACGGUGGAAACUUUAUAUCGUUUGCUCCAGCCCGUGGCGUCAUGGCCACAAAAAAGCAGAAGUACCAGGCACCUAUGGCACGCGUGAAGAAACUUCCACCAAUUGACGAGGUGAGUGCUGGUACUCCUCGACCAACACCGCGAAAUAGUCAAAAUGUUUCUAUUCGCCGGGUGCCAAGAAAAGUGUUCGAAGAUGAGGAUGACAUUUUUGCACGUCCUUCUCAAGUGAAAUCAAAACCUAUUCUACCUGUUCAACCAAUACCGCGAGAAAGAGCCACUUCUCCACCACCUUUAGAUAAAUACAUUUACGAACCUAAAAAAGAAAUUGUUAGACAUCACGAUCUGUCACCGAAGGACGUUAAUCAUACGUUAGUGGAUGGCUUAGUUGCAGAUUAUCUGCAUUACGCAAGAUAUGGUCACGUGAUUCCUGUAUACGAAGGAACUAGCAGUACAACAUGUCCGUGUUGCACGGACAGAAAUCGACAAAACGUUCGAACUCUGCUUGGUUUUCCGAAAGACGUUGCGACAGAGGCGCCAACAAAAUAUGAUCAAAAAUCCUCUAUAAAACAUGUAAAAAUGGACGAGGAACUUGGCGCAGAGACUUCAAUGUAUCCAAAUUCUUUAUACGCACAAAUACAGAGGCAGAAGGCGCACAGGAAAGAACCAACACCAGAAGAGAAAAGACUAAAAAAACUUGCCGAGCAGUCUCACAAGCAGACUUGGAUGAAUUAUCAACCUUUACCUUACGCAACCAACUUCUUAAAUCCAGAGUUCAACCGUCCGUCCGAGUUAAAAUCACUACUAUAUGACACAGACACACACGGCUAUAUGAAGCAUAAAGUGCUCGAAGCAGACACAAACUUUGAUACCGCUAUGAAUAAACUUAGCGGUUACACAUAGCCCGUUAGCAUAAAACUAAAGCUCCAUGCACGUUGAAGAAGUUUGUGAAGUUGAAAAAGUUCGGAAACAAACGAUAUUAUAUAUAUUUGUCUCAAUUAAGAAAAAAAGCGUACAUCUCCGAAUGAGAGUUUUGGGUAACGCAACCAUCUUUCUUUGGUAAUUCUUAACACUUUAUGACUGUGUUAAAAGCGAUGAUUUAAAUCUAUCCACUUCCAUUUUAUGGUGUUGUAUGAAACAAUGUGUGUCACAAUUCCGGUUCAAAGCAUUUCACUUUUGUAUCAUGUAUAUGAAGAAAACAUGUCGCUAUUCCAUGACUAUAUUUAACGUUUGACGUUUAUACGAAAAUCGUGUUAAUGUUUCACAAUUACAAUGAAUGUUAAGCAUAUACUUUGUUCCAUAUUGAAUGGCAUUUAGUGCAGUAUACUGAAAGUUUCAAGCUUUUUUUCAUGCAGAAAGCUUGGGACCCAUUUAGAAAUACAACAAUUUAUAUAAACAUGGCAACAUGUGUAAGAAGCCUGCAUUCUAAUGACAUGUGACAAUUUCUUAUAAUAUCGAUGACAUUUUGAAAAUAUAUCUGCAAACAGAAUUUCUCUACAGUAAACAUUUUUAGUAUACAUUUAUAUACUAGUUCAAGCACAUGUUUGAAUUUUAACGCUCUACACAUUACAGAUAAAAAUAAAAUUAUUUGAUCAUCAAUGAAA